AAAUCGAAAGUGAAAGUAUGAAAGAGUACAGGGAAUUCGUGGAAGUAACCUUGACUUUGAGUACGGCUCAUUACGUCACUUUAUCGAACAUCCGCUGACAAGGAAUGCUGACAGCUGAGUUUCGGAGAACAGGGAAGUAACCCGCGGCCAUGGGCGUGGAUUUGGCGGUGUACCGUGCACGGGUUGGUCAGUUUGUACCUCGGACAGUGAAGAAUGCCUUGUCAAACACCGGAUACCUGUGUAAAGCGAUCGCCAGUGUCCGGGGUGACCUCACACACGACAAACUGGACAUCAAAGGAGCUGUUACAUUCAUUGAUCUCCUCCUGCGUAUACAAGGAAUAGAGCCGAACCCAGGACCGGGAAAGCCAGAUCAACAGUUGUUUACAGAGGAACAGGCUGAAGACAACAAUGACAUCAACAACACAUUUGACAGCAAUACUAACCCAGUCAGUGCUGACCGGAUCAGUCAGUUUAUGGAAUCUCUUGUGCCUGUUAGUAGUCCUAAUCAGCCAGGAAGUAGUACUACAAGCGAGAACGCAGGCGCAGUAGCAAUAACCGGAGUUUCUGCUGGAGUUGCCAUCCCAACAACUAUAAAUCAAUUGACUGUCAAUUAUGUUGACAAAAGAAAAUACAGAGAAGAGAUCAAGGUUGAGACGAUGAACAUGGAACAUGCUGAAAAUGUAUGUACAGGGGAACAGACGAUUGUACACACAGAAGCAUCUGGUGGAAAUGAAGACGAUCACCAACCUGAAACAAAGGAGAAAAAUCCUAAAAGAAUUUUACUUGAAGAGAAUGCAGAGACAAUGUUAACACGGCACAUCGAAGAAAUGACCAAUAUUUUGGUCACCAGGACCAAAGCUGAGAAUGAAGUAGUGAAGCGUCUCAAGGACUAUAACAUGGUGAUCAUAUCCGGGGUCACUGGAGAGGGGAAGACAACUCUGGGUAGGGAAAUAUGUAGAAAGCUGAGAGACGGUACCCUUGACAAUGAUAUCAAACAAAAGACACCUGUUCUCAUAACAGUGCCCCAGGAUUGGAGUGAUGUUGUCAAUGACAAAGAUGAUAUCGUUGUGUUUGUAGAUGACAUCUUUGGGAAAACAAACUAUCAAACAGGACUUUUGAAUGGGUGGAAACCAUUCUUCGAUAGAACAUUACAAAGUUUACGCGAGGGAAAAGUUUGUUUGGUAGUGACUUCUCGCACACAUAUACUUAAAGAUGCCAGACGAGAGUCAGGUGUACUGAUAGAGAUGGUAAGUGACCACAUUCUGUCCGAAAAGAAAACGGUAGAUUUGACAGAUGAUCACAGAUUGACCAAGGAAGAACGUGUUAAUAUUUACAAAAAUCAUUCUAAUCUAAGACAGAGGGAGAAUGACCGCUUUGGUAGCAUGUUACUUGAAAGUUUUGCAAUUAAGAGUUUUCCAUCAAAUAUUGCUAUAGGCUAUGCCCAGGUUUGUAAGCUUUUCUUUGCUAAUGAUUCGUUUUUCGAGAAAGGAGAAGAGUUUUUCAGAAAUCCUGACCGGUUGCUUACAGAAGAAAUAGAACAGAUGAGACUCACAGAACCACACAAAUACUUUGCACUGGUAUAUUGCUUCUUAAACGACCAAACUAUAGAUACUAAAAAGCUGAAUCGUUUAAAAAUGCCAUCAGAAGAGUAUGACACUUUGAAGGUCUAUGCAGAAGUGUGUGGCGUUCUUCACACCGACAACGUACUAACCAGUCUUAAACAUGGCCUUGACGCCCUAGAUCGUACAUAUCUGACAAAGCAAAACACGUUGUUUACCAUUAGCCAUCAAUCAAUAGCAGAUAGUGUUAGUUUGGUGUUUGGAAAGGAAAAUCCAGAAAUGAUUUUAGAAAAAUGUAGCAACCGCGUGAUACUGGAACUGCUGGAUGUCACGGAUGAUGGUCAAAACGACAUAUGCACCUUGCAUGUGCCUGCUGAGUGCUUUGGACAACUCGUGAAGCGAAUGUACAAAAUGAUCAUGGAAGGGGACAUUUUCGAUAGAAUUACAUUGGAAUCUUUUCCACGGUUCCGUAACCAAAAGCUUGCGGAUUGUCUCUUCGAGUAUAUCACCAAACAGAACGAUAAAAGGGGUUUCUUAAAAGCUCAUUCUGGGAGUAUAUAUUCUGCCUCAAACAGUCUACUAGAAUCUUGCGCAAACAAUGUGUCCUUCUUAAGAGCAUUUUUCAAGUUCCAAAUCGACGAUUUUAUUGUCGAAGAGUACGAUAUUCUAUCCUACACAAGAGCAUUACAGAGAGCUCUACAACAAGCCCUGGAACAUGUACGUUUGGAAUCCAUGUCAAUUCUUCUUAAUAAAGGGGCGUUCCUCACUGAAAAAUGUCUUCAGUUAGCAAUCGGUUCAAACGAUGAAAAACUGGUCAAGUUUGUAUUGUCAAAGAAUGUUUGGACAGAAUCUGAAGUAAAGAAACACAUCAGCGACAAUACUCCAGAUCACAUUCGUGACACCCUGAAGAGGAGAAGAACAAAAUGCAAGGUAAAGUUGAUAAGGGAUCAGUGUACCAAACAGAAAACGUACAUCAACAAGAAAGCCACAGAACUCCCAAGCAUGUGUAUGAAAGAUAUGACGAGAGCUGCCGAACAAAUGGACUUUGGCAUACUUCAUGCAAUUUUUCAGUCCCCACAAUUAAAAGAACAUAUCCAUAGUCUGAUAAAGAUAAUUCUGGAAUCAAAACACAAAAUGCUAACUGAUGCCAUUGCAAUUAAAAUGAUUCUUGGAAAUAUUGAAGGGAGAGUUGUCCAACAUGCGUUACAUUGUUGUGACUUGGAUAUGUUCCGUUUCGUCCUUUUCUCAACCAAUACAGCUCAGCUGAACUCCAUGCUCUCUGAAGCCAUCUAUCUAAAUAAAACAGACCAUAUAGAAGUUCUCACCAAGGCGGGUGGUCAACCGUCUAUUGAUGAUUUUGUCAGGAAGGCUGGAACAAAUUUAAGGGGUGUGGAAAGCGUCGUAGAAGUGAUUAUGAAAACAGGACUUUGGACACCCGCACAACUAAAUGAUGCCCUUGACGCAGCCGUCACCUGCGGAUCAUCUGCUACCAUGGAAACCCUUUACGAAGGUGGAGCACAGUUUACAGAAGAAGCUCUAGUGAACGUGUCCAAACGGCUGGAUGAUCCACUAACAAAGAGUAGCGACACAAUGACUCCUGAAGAACGGAUUCAUUGGCUAAAUAAAUUGUUACAGUCCCUCGAAAACCCAGCAGUCUUUAUAGACUUCAACAAACGUGUCCCUAAAAUGCUUGCAUAUGUUUUUUUGAAACACAAAUGGUCUCGGAGGCAGAUCACUGAUGCGAUGAGUGCUGCAUUAAAAUCCGGGUCUUUCGAAACCAUCCAGUUUCUUAAAGAAAAAGGAGGGAAAUUCAGAAACGAUGCUUUGAUAGCGGCUGUCAAAAGGGCUCCUGACACGCAAAAAGUUGUACAGUUUGUGAGAAGAUCUAAGGCAUGGUCAGUUGACCAACUCAGUGAAGCCUUACAUCAGGCUUUAGUCAUUUGCAGACCUGAUGUCAUUGUCUACUUGAACACUAUGGGAGCACUGUUCAAUGAUUCAAGUCUGAAAAAUGUUCUUCGGUGGCAUCUUGAACAUCAUAUUCAGUUGAAAUUCAUAAAAUAUAUUCUUACAGUUCGUACUUGGUCACAAGAGCUGUUAAAUGAAGCCUUUCAUUUUGCAUGUGAAAGAGGAAGUCUCGCAGUCCUUGCGUUUCUUACCACAGUUGAGGAAUCAGAAUUAGGAUGUGUUCUAAUGCUACGAGGUAUAGAUCAGCUGAAGGGAAAUGUUGUUCAAACUUUAAAAGAUGAAGGCAAAAAUGAGGACCUAGCUGUUCUCCUAAAUAAGGAAAUUCAAGAAGGUUGCACAGAAAUCGUUGAAAAAUUGCUAAGCGAGAUGCACAUUCCCUGCGACGACGACAGUUUAUCAAAUGCCAUGGAAAACACUCGGAACUACCAAAGAUACGAUAGGCUGAAAAUGGUCCGCCUAGUACGGGAAUCCAGACACUGGUCUGAUGAGUUGCUGAUGAAGGCACUUGACAAAGCUUUGAGACUCGGGUAUACUGAGGUGGUAUUCUACCUAUAUGGUCACGGGGCAAUGUUCAGUGACCAAAGUCUGGAAUACGCAAUCACUGAUAAAACUGAAGGAUAUGAUAUUUACGCUCUAGUGACGUACUUAAUAAAAAGUCGUCAAUACGAUACACAACAGAUGAACAAUGCACUGCAAAAGUCAUUAGAAAUCGGAUGUGUUCAACUACUGACACUGUUUUGUGAACAAGGGGCCGAGUUUGCAGAAAAAAGCCUGCGAAGAGUCAUUCACAAAAACUGGAAACUGUCAGAUAGACUUCCUGCCGUGCAGUUUGUAUUGAACGCAAGAGGGUGGGAUGCGGAUGAGAAGAAUGAAGCCUUGUUGAGUGCUGUAAAAUUGGGAGAUAUAAGGGUGAUUAGAUGCAUUCUCAGGUGCGGAGGGGUGGUGUCAGGACGAUGUUUGUUGGAACUACUGGAGAAGAAAUGUAAACCGUCACAUCGCCUGUCUAUCAUCAGACUCCUGAUCACAAGUCCCGGGUCUCUGUCACAGGAUCUACUUAUAGAUGCCAGGGAAAAGGCUAAACUACUGUCAGAGUCUAAACUCGAGGCAUACAUCCAAAGGUUUAUUACAUAGGUGAGACAAGCUAUUCUACAUUUGAACCAUUGAACUCUCCAUUCUAGAUUUAAAACACUUAUAUCAUGCAAUACCAGUGAUGCUAUAAUAUUUCGUAUUGACCAGUUAGAUUAGUAUUCCUUUUCAACGUUCUACUUUUUAAAAGUCUAGACCUUCGACAUGUAAUACCAAUAAAAAAAGAACGCGUCUGUUUGAAUUCUACGUAACGUUAAAAACGUUCUCCGUCACUCAGCUGAUGGAACAUUCAUCUUUAGCUCAGGGAUUGAGUCGUUGCUUAUACGCCGGAGACACGGAUUCGAUUCACGUCAUAGCGAUCGACAGGAAUGAUUUUUUUCUCUGCCCUUUCACAAAUGCACCCAACUAAAAUCCAACGAUUGGGAUAUAGAGAUUCUCAUGCUGUGAUUUGCAUAAAUUUAAAGAAAACUUGGGUAGUUGGAAUGGGUUGGUGUGGCUUAUACACAGUGAAAAAUACGGUCUCUGUCACUCAUCUUACGACAUCUGACGAAGCAUGUUUCUUUAGCUCAGAAGGUAGAGCCGGAUAUCAUUACGCCGGAGACCCGGGCUCGAUUCAUGUAAGGCAAUAAUGUGUUUUCUUUGUUCUUUUACGAUGAAUAAAAAAUGUCAAAGUCGCAAAAUAUAUGCAUGUAGUAAUGAAGCUUUCAAAAUCCUUUUUAACUUAAAGGGACGUUUUACAAUGAGUAUCAUAUGGAAAGACCCAAUUUCUAAACCAUAGGAAAAUGACUUGAACUAUCAAGUUAUCAUUCAAAAUUAACAUCGUCGGAAUAGUUUUGGUUUUAAAAGUGAUACAAACUUUAUUUUCAAGAUGAAAGUAUAAUACUAAAUGUUUGUAUUAUCUAUUUUUUCCUUUAUCAUUAAGGAAUUAAGAAUGAUAUACAGUAUGAAUUAUCUAAAAGAACAGAAUCAAAGUAGUUGUGUUAUAAAGAAAACAUAUGAUUACAACACAACACUAUGCAUUAUACAAUAAGUCUAGAAAGUAAGUUAGUUAGUUAGCUCUCACCUACUACAGUCAGUGUUAUGUCAGCUUUAGAAAGUCAGACUUAUCGCCUACAUUACUCCGCCUAUUGUUAAAUUUCGUCUCACCGACUACAGUCAGUGUUAUGUCAGCUUUAGAUAAUCACAGACCUAUCGCCUACAUUACUCCGCCUAUUGUUAAAUUUCGUCUCAUCGACUACAGUCAGUGUUAUGUGAGCUUUAGAUAAUCACAAACUUAACGCCUACAUUACUCCGCCAAUUGUUAAAUUUCGUCUCACCGACUAUAGUCAGUGUUAUGUGAGCUUUAGAAAGUCACAGACUUAACGCCUACAUUACUCCGCCUAUUGUUAAAUUUCGCUCACCGACUAUAGUCAGUGUUAUGUCAGCUUUAGAAAGUCACAGACUUAUCGCCUACAAUACACCGCCUAUUGUUAAAUUUCGUCUCAUCGACUACAGUCAGUGUUUUGUUAGCUUUAGAAAGGUACACGAUUACCGCCUACAUAACUCCGCCUAUUGCCAGUUUUCUGUUGACGUAUAGUCUUUAUGGUCUACUACAUAUUGUCUUAUCGUCUAAUCUUAUAUUUUAAAUCAUUAUGUAAGUAACAGUGUUGUAUUUUUAUCAUUCAAUAACAAGAUUAAUGCUAUAGAUACCCCUGUUUAUAAGAUAAUGUAAAAUGAUCUUCAACGCUUUUCACCAUUUAUAGCUUUUGAAACUAUGUGUCUAUAUACCCUUUGACAAUAUUACAUUUACAUAUGCUAAUAAACAUGUUCAAGGUUACUUCUAUAAUUUGUGGUUCUGAUUAAAAAUUGAAUGUUGUAAAUGGAAUCUGAUGAAACUGAUGUACUAUUUGUAUAGUGACUUAAAAAGGCUCGUGUGGCUAUGGUGUGUUGUAUUAAUUAGUAUAUAAUUAAUUAAUUUAAUCUGCCACAAGUUUUGAGCGUUUAAGCGUGAGGUACAUCAUAGUAUUGGCCAAAUCACAUGUAAGAUUCGGUUUAUGACAUUUUUUUUGAAAUAUCAAAAUAAUAUAUUAACAUAGAAAAUGUUGUCAAGUGUAAAUGAUGCUGUAAUAUAACUGUGCGAUAGUUGAGAACGGUUUAUAUGUUCUAGCUUAUAAACUGUUGAUCUUUAUCUAAUUUGGAUUUAAUAAGCCCACCAUCAUAGGGGGGGGGGGGGGCUAUGAUGGUGGGCUAUUCAAAUUGCCCCGCGUCCGUGGUCCGCUUGUCGUUCACAGACAAAAGACUACACCCCUUAAGUCAAUGUUAUUUGUAUGUUCGUCAGUAAACAGUCCUUGUUUUCACAAUUUCUUGAAGAGCACUGGAGUUUUUUGUUUUUUUUUUUUCAUGUGUAGCUUUUUCUAAUCUCCCUAGUUGUGUAGGCUCCACUUGUUAUCAGAUUAUUGAAAAGAGAAAAGGGACAAAUAGAAGAUCAAAUUGUUUGUAUUCAACUUUUAUUUUCCUAUAUAGUAAAGUGAAUAGCGCUUUAAAAUAUACAUUGUUGUGUAAUUACAAAGUAAACAAUGCUUCCACAAAACGUU